UAACAUGAAAUUUUGGCCAACAAAUAUACAAAAUGCCUUUAUUUACCAUUAUAAAUAAGCUCCUUCAUUCAACAAAAUACUCUUCACUCCUCAAAUUCUUUAAAAAAGAAAAAAUCGCAAUUUUUGUAGGAGGAUCUCUCAGGGAUUUGGUGGAAGAUGGCGUCCAAGAGGAUUCUGAAAGAGCUUAAGGAUUUGCAGAAAGAUCCUCCUACUUCUUGCAGCGCUGGCCCCGUUGGUGAAGAUAUGUUUCACUGGCAGGCAACGAUUAUGGGUCCACCUGACAGUCCCUACACCGGUGGGCUGUUUCUCAUUACCAUUCAUUUUCCACCAGAUUAUCCAUUCAAGCCACCCAAGGUCGCUUUCAGGACAAAGGUUUUCCACCCAAAUAUCAACAGCAAUGGUAGCAUUUGCCUUGACAUUCUGAAGGAACAGUGGAGCCCAGCUCUUACAAUCUCCAAGGUGUUGCUGUCCAUCUGUUCUCUGCUAACCGACCCCAAUCCUGAUGAUCCUUUGGUGCCAGAGAUUGCGCAUAUGUACAAGACUGAUCGAAACAAGUAUGAAACAACUGCUCGUAGCUGGACCCAAAAGUACGCCAUGGGUUAGUUGCUGUUGCGAUGUGUCUAGAGGGUCUCCUCUCCCUCUGUGUUUUGGGAAUUAUUAGAAAUGUGCUAGGAUUAUGUUCUCUUAUGGCAUAAUCUGUUCAAAUGGAACGGUUGUGUUGCUGGCUCUUGAAACACUUAAAUUUUUCCUUUUGGUUUGUAAAAUCCAACGGUGAUGUAACUCUUUGGAUGGGUUAAAAAUUGAGCAGUUUAACCCUUUGCA